AUGUCCUCCGCCGACUCAGAGUCUAUUAAGGCACAAGCGCCUGCUGCGCUUCACAAUCGGCUCGGCCGUGACGUUUAUGAGAUACACAACGAACCAUACACAGGCGUGCUAUUCAAUCUCCAGGACGACUCCCUCAAGAAAGCGUGUCUUGUGCUGAAAACUUCUCGCGGUGUUGUACACACGACCAUGCAGUUCAAGCCUGAUUACCCGCUCAGUGCCCCUGUCGUACUUGUCGACAGCCCGGAUUCGCACCCAGAUUUCCUCAACGCAUCUCUCUGCGUUCUGGUCUCCCAUUAUGGCACGGAUUACACCCCUGCGUACACCAUCAAGACCAUCGCUAUCCUUCUGCUAGCCGAAAUCGCCGCGGAGACUGCGGCCAGCGCCCAGUUCCCAUGGCGCUCAUAUCCGAGGGGCAAGACUUACGAGUGCGACCAUUGUGGUCUGGGCACGUCCGACUCUGGUCAUUUCGAGCUCGCUUUCACGAACCGGUGGAAUGAACUCUAUACUACCCCGACAGCAACCAAGAGAUCUGCUAUUCCCAGAUCCUCAAGCCUGCAGGCUCCAGCAAAGACUAUUCAUGGCCUUCCAAGUGAGAUACUUCUACUGGUCCUCAACCAUCUCCCAGUCGAGGACAUACUGCGGUUCAGCAAGGCAUGGGGUCACAUUGACAGAAUCAAUGAGAAACACAUGGUCAUUCGCAACCGCGAGCUGCAGUGCUUCAUCACCAAGGAGGGCUAUAAACAGUCUCCACUCGGCAUCGGCCUUCAGUUCAGCAACCCAAGGCUGAGCGACACGAUCUUUAAGCUUAUCACUAAUGUGCACACUAUGCGGUCGGUCCCAUCGAGGGACGCGAAUGAUUACCCAAGGCUGGAGCAUCAGACCACCAGUCUCCUACACCCCUCGGACAAGGCCAUACAGGCGCUCUUCUCACUCUUUCACAUCCUCCUCUGCCUGGCAGUCGACAAGCCCGAGUGCAUCGAAAUUGCAAACAAUCUGGUCAAGUCCUUCCAGGCCGGCCAGACCUCCGCCAAAGACAUACCUCGCCUGGAGCACCUCGUCGUAGCCCUGCUGAUAUCCGACGUGGAGACGGACGAGAGCUUCACAGCCAGCCUCGUCACGGAGGUCAUCACACGCAACGUACCCACCCUGCUCACGGCACACCCGGGCCUCUCCUUCAUGGAGCCUGACGACGCAGCCUCCACGUACCGGAUCGGGCACACCUUUUGGGGCAGCCUGACCCCGUACAGGGUGCUCAUGUUCGCGCACCUAUUCCAGCGCGUAGUCCGGCCCGUCGCCACGGGCAAGACGCUCGAGCAGUCCCGCGACGCCCUCUUCGCGGAGCGUGGACUCCCUCACUCCGCUACGGCGGCUGCCCUUGCCGACGGGCUAAGUCAGAUCCGGGGGGCCCGCUCGUUCGACGGCCUCUACCGCUUCAUGGGCCUAGAACCCAUAAUCAACGCGCGCACCUUCUCAGCCUUCCUGCGCCACACCGUCCGUGCCAGUAUGGCCCAGCGGGACGCGCAGCAGGCGCCGGACCAGCGCAUGGCGCUCGUGCUGCGCUGGGACGCCGAGCUGUUUUUUGGGCUGCCGAGGACGGAGGGCCUGCCCCCUCGCCCCCACUGCGUCUCGACAAGCUCUACCAACCCGCGCGCAACACUUCGGAGACUCCACAGCACUCCCUCCGAGUUUCCUGGACUAUGCCAGCCUGGCAUGCCCCCAGGUGUCCCAGUUCUCGUGAACAAUGACUUGCGAGGUAUUGGACAUCAACUUAUCACCAUCAGUCACGUGUGCAAUACGCUGCAGAACAAACUCGAGCAACAAGACCAGGCAUACUUCAGCGACCAACUUGCGCAGCGAGCCGCGUAUGAGUCUUCUCUGAAUGCAAUUCAUGGUCAACUAAUCAUGGCCAAUGGCACAAUUGACGAUCUCACCGAGCAGCUUCAACAGUCGAGGAAGCUCAUCGCUGACGCGGAGCAAAAGCGCGCAGGGGCCGGAUGUGUCGACCCGCUGCUCCAGAACGGAGCAGAGCUCAACGCAGAGGGCCCAUUCGGUUUUCGCGUUGCUCACAUCGGCGCGGACCGCGGCCAUCUCGAUCUACUUCGCAUGGUCCUCCAGAGAGGCGCAAACCCCAACGCUGUUUCGAGGUCUGGCGACACGCCCGCCCAUGUCGCCGCCUGGAAGGGCUAUUUAAAUUGUUUAAAGGUUCUCUUCUAUGAGUUCCAGGCCGACCUGCGCGCAUACAACGGCAAGGCAUUUCCAUGGACUAUUCUCAUUUUGUUUAGAUAUGAAUCUACAGAUUCACAUCCUGUCUCAAGCCCGGAAGGCAUGCCGGCGCCGAGACCGAUGUUGGUGCUGUUGAGGCUAAUACGACCGACGCCCGACAUCAUGACAGUGGUGCUGAAGAUGAAGACUAGGCUGAGAGUUCUUUUCAAAUUCAUUCAAAAGAUGCCAAAGGCCACAGUUGAUAGCAUCAAAAGGCAAUUGUAA